GGCCGCCGCAAACACCGUCUUCUCUCCUCUCUCAUUUUUCCUCUGCUCCUUUUCCCAACAGAGACCCAAACAAAACCCCUAAGCGAAUCAAAGCGCCGCCCUCGAGCCUUAACUCUCUCGUCUCUCUUCUUCUCCUCUCACUCUCUCGUCUCCACCAUAUACCGAAACCCUAGUCACCAAAGCGCCGCCCUCUGUCCAACAACGCCUCCCUCCCUUCUUCCUCCUCGUCUCAACAAUCAAAAUCCCAAAACGAAAUCAAACUCCCCUCUAACCUCGUUCUUCUUUCUUCUACCGAGAAAGACAAACCAAGGGUAGUCAAGGGACCCUACCCUCUUCCGAUCUACUUCUCCUCUCUCGCCCGUCGUCGCCGCCACUCUUUUCUCACGUCACCGGUCUAAGAAUUCGAACGUGGUGACCCUAAAUCGAAAAUUUUCUCUUCCGUUGAAGGUAAAAUCAACAUGCAUGGCGUCUGAUUCCUAUAUUCUAGAUUUUUUUUUUUUGGUUUUCAAUGGGGAUUCUGACUUCUUUUUUUAUGUUUGAUCUGAGGAUUUCGGUUUGGUCCAGAAAAUAAGAAAAUCGACAGAAGACGCCAGCGAUGGAGUUACUCCGUCAAUGACGAUGAGAUCUAGGGGAUAAGGUGGGUGGAGACGAAGGAGGAUGAGGAUUUGCCGUCGGCGAGAGCCUCUGGCGAUGAAGGGAGAAGACAGGGUUUUGGAAGAACAAAGAUCUAGGGGAUUGAACUAAAAAAAGAAUAUAUCUUGGUUGAUUUGGAAGAUUAGGGAACCUAAAAUAGAAAUGGAGAAUGAUUGGAAAUAGGUAUAAAAAUCUGAGUUUUUUUUGAAAACGUCUGCUAGGCUAUAUGAAAAAUAGGUGUUUUGGUAAGUUUAUCUAUGGCACUUUAUAUGCUAUAAAUUGCUAGAAAAAUGGUUUUUAAUGAAAACAUAAUUAACAUACUCUAAAUUGCUAUUUUGACGAUAGUAAUCACGACCACUACUUUUGAUUACGGCUAAACUAUGGAUCAUGAAUCACGACCACUGCUUAUGAUUUAAAUCGACUAUGGAUGUUGUUGUGGAUCUUAAAUCUGAAUUUCUUUUUUGUUUAUAUGGUGUCAUGUAUUAAUUGUGUUUCUUAGCAAAACGGGAGGUAUAUACGAAUAGGAGAUCUAGAUGAAAAGCGAUCAAUCACUAUAGACGGGAAGCGAGUAACUAAAUUUAAAUGAAAUCCGACCAUAUAGUGUAUAGUGCAUAAUCAAUACGAAUAGUUUACAUAUUCGAAUGAUAAUAAUAGUAGGCUCAUAAGGCAGUUGGAAGAUAGUAAUAACAAAUGCUCAAGCAUAAACCACUUACAUGGAAAUGAGUAAACAGAUUGAUGCUAGAGACGAAACUGAAACCAAAGGAAUUGGAGCGCAAAGCAAAAUCUUAUUAUGAAAAGAGUAGUGCGUUACAAAGCCAACUUGGUAUGGUUCUCGAUUUACAAUGACUUUCUUCCUGCUCCUAUCGUUCCAACCGCUCACUAUCUAAAAGAGGAAAGGAAAAAAGUUUGUAUCUUCUCCUCUUUUUUUCCCAUCCCCUCAACAAAUAGCCCAAAGAGCUCUAUUAUAGCAAAAUGAACAAACCACGUGUCAUUGUGUAAUUGGCUUCCCUUGAGGCUGGUUCUGCAAAAUCUGCCAUCCUUCCUUGAAAGUCGAAAUUGUAGAUGAGAUU